AUGCUAUCUCAUAUCCUCUACAAGGCCAUCCGGGAAUCGCGCUUUGCGUGCAAGAAGAGUUCGUUCAAGGAUUUCAGGAGGUAUAUCGAGACUGCUAACAAGAACGUAACCUGCGAGGAUUUUUUGUGCUACAUGCCUCAAAGUGAGGUUCUGAAGUUCGAUUGCCUGGAUGACAAAGUGCAGAUGAUUUCAAUUAGCAAAUAUGGUGACCAGGAACCAACGCAAGGAGCCUCUCUCUACUGCGUGUUUCAGGCUCUAAUGAAAGAGCAAGGAGUUAAACGGGUAACCGGUGCACUUUCCUACGACUUAAGAACGUUUGAAGGGUUCGAUGCUACUAACGUGCUUGGCGAUGUUCACACAAAGAUUCCUUUCUUUUCGGAAAUCGGAGAAGAUCUUAAUGUGUUCCUCGAUAGAUUCGAUGCGUGUCUUGGUGCGUACCGAAAGGGAAUCGAUCUUCGCUGGCUUGCGACAGGGGAGGUGCACACGCAUGGCGCACAGGUUCUUGCCACCCGAUGGAAUACAUUGAACUUCUCAGUAAACUACCUGGGUAUGGCUAUCAAUCUUAAAGAUAUGCUUUCAGAUAUCAAGGGGAUAGAUUUCGACCAUAAUUUUAUGAACAUGUUUACGCACAAAAAUUCCGUGAUUUGUGUGAUAGGUCAGCGAAUUCUCAAAGAUAGUUCCUAUGUGAUUCAGGGCAAACAGGCAACCUAUUACCUGAAAACAAGCAUUGAAUAG